AUGAGACUGCUGGAGUUGUUCUCCGGCAAGAAGAGCAUCGGCCGUGCCUUCGAGGCCAUUGGUUGGCAGGUAACGAGUCUUGACUCCGACCCGCACAGCCACCCCACCAUCUGCGAGGACAUUCUGGAAUGGGAUUACAGGACCUUCCAGCCCGGACACUUCGACCUCGUCUGGGCCAGCCCCGUGUGCACCGAGUUCUCUCGAGCGAUGACACGUCGACCCCGUCGCUUGGAGGAGGGCGACCGCUUGGUGCUCCGAACCAUCGAGAUCAUAGGGUACCUCCGCCCGCGGUGGUGGGCCAUCGAAAACCCCAGGAGCGGGCUGCUCAAGAGUCGCAGCUACAUGAAAGGCCUGCCCUUCGAUGACGUGACCUACUGCCAGUACGCCUUUCGCUAUCGGAAAGCGACCCGCAUCUGGAACAAUCUGCCCUGGCACCCCAGUCGACCCGUGUGCUGCAGGAGUCGCCGUUGCGAGGCCUUCAACAACGGCCGCCACAUCGAGACGGCGCAACGCCAGGGCGGCAGAGUACGAAUCGGCCAGAGCCGGGACCAACUCUACUCCAUCCCGCCUCUGCUGUGCGAGGAGAUCGCUGCGAGUGUAAAUGUGUUCAAAACACCCGAUUACCGAAUCAAACAGCCGCGGGAUCCAAUCGUCCCCCGCGUGCCGUGCACUGGCAUGCUGCUCGGACCCUCGAAAUCGGGCAAAACAGUGGCGUUGAUCAGCUUGCUGCUGGACCAGUACCGCACGGCCAGCGGUGAAUCCGUUUGGGAAAGACUGUACUGUUUUUCGCCUUCGGUGUUUAUUGAUGAUGCCUGGAAGCCUGUGAUCAAGUUCAUCGACGUUAAUACGCAGCGUGAAAAAGUGCUCUUCGACACCUGGGACGAGGGAGCCCUCAGGACCAUCAUCGAGCAGCAACGCAAAAUCACCAAGACCUCGAAGGACAUGGGACUCAAGAAGCUGUAUGGUGUUGCCGUAAUAGUCGACGACUUCAGCGACCAGCCUGAGCUCCACAAGAAGAACGGGGAGGGCGCACUGGACACCCUGCUGUGCCGGGGGAGGCACCUCCAAAUCAGCACCAUCCUAUCGUGCCAGAAGCUCCGCGUGGUGAGCAACUGCAUUCGGGUCAACCUUCAAUUCAUGUGCAUCUGGCGCCUCCGCAACGCUCUGGAGAUUCAGGCUGUCAUCGAAGAGCUCAGCGCUCUCCUGCCCAAGGAAGAGCUCCACGCCAUGUACCAGGAAGCCACCCGCGAGCCCUACUCCUUUUGGUUCAUCUAUUUCCUGAAGCCAAAAAGCGAGAUGUUCUACAAGCGCUUCGAAGAACGCUUCGUGAUCGAAAAUGGGGACCAUCCUCGCGUGGUCGACCCACGCUGGCCCUACCCCGAGCGGGCCCGGCAGAUCAGCGACUCCACGGCCUCCGAGAAGUCGACGGGGCGGAGCUUCUUCCGCCGUACAAGAAAGAGGAUGAGCUGUACAAUUUACGUGGAUAGCCGCAAGCGCACCGCGGGUGACGACAGCAGCUUCGAGUUUGACAUCGGGGAGACCAUCCACCUGCAGACGGGCGCCAGGCUCUCGGUGCUAAAGUUCCGUGUGGCUGAUGCCUUUCUCUCCACGGACCGCGGCUUCUACAUGUACUGGAUCGACGAGGCCCUGCAGACCCUCAACUGGGCGGUGCUCCCGGUGGGCGCCUACACAGGGGCACGCCUGGCCGCCUGGAUCAGCAGCAACUAUGGCUCUGCGACUUACGUGGAGCAAACCAACGAAAUCGGAGUGGCCUACGACGGGAACAGGAGCAUCUUGAACGAUGCCGAGAUCCGGAGCCUCUUUCCCGGCUCCGGUUCCUAUCCCGCGGGCGCCACGCCCAGCCGGCCGCUUUCGAUUAACCACCUCCUGGGUCCCAGCUUCAUCGACGGAGCGCUGCAAAUCUUCACGUUUGUGACCAUGAAUCCGUACUCAGAGUUGCUGCUCAGAUGCAGCACCCUCGCCACAGCCGCCGACAUCAAGGGGCCUUUGGGUAACGAUAUCAUCUGCAAAAUGAUUAUCGACAAAGGCAUCGGAAACAUUAUGCAAACGAGAACGGACGAGGGUCAUUUCGUGAGACUCCACGGCCCCAUUACCUUGCGCACCCUCCGCUUUAAGCUCACCGACGUCGACGGACAUGUGGUAAACACCCGUGGCACCUCCGUUUCCUUCGCGAUUUUCCUCGACUAUGAGCCUGCUCCGGCCCCCGUGCCCCGAGACGCCAGCAACCCCAGCCAAAGCGACGAGGGCGUCCGCCCGGCUGCCCCGCCAGUGGAGCCUGUGAGGAUGACGCCCGCCCAGAUGCUGCGCCAGUUCCACAAGAUGUACCCGAGCUACAACCUCAAUCCUCUGAUGCGCCGGCGGCACCAGCAGCUCGUCGAGGCCCAGGCCUUCAACGAGUGGCUCUCGAACCGCCGCCUCCGCCAGGAGGGCGAGACCUACGCCGACGAGCUCGGCAGGAUGACGGAGGCCGUGAACCGACGGAUCCCCCAGCUCCGCUACGCUCCGGCGGAGCGCGCGGGCAUCCAACGCAUGGCGCGGGACGUGGCCGCCGGCAGGAACACCAGCGAGCAUCUACACAUCCAGCCACUCUACCUGGACGAUUACCCCAAUGCCCCCGAGCCCAUCAGCGAUGCACCGAUGCCCCACACCCAGCUGAACCCAGCGGCUGCUUUUGAAACAGCCAACGAGGGUUACGACGGGGUUCCCUUCCCUCGCCCGCCCAGAGAGUUCACUCGCCCAUCUUUUCUACCCGACUCCGAUGACGGAGGCAUGGACCCAGGCCAGGCCCUGCGCAACGACGGUCUGAACCCACCGAGGCCCCCGACGCUCGGAGGUCGCAUGAGGGAAUCGGGCAUCCAAGCCGCGGAGGCGAUCAUCGCAGGGGGCGCUGCGGGCGCUGCGGCGGCGACCCGAAGCGUCGCCGAGAACCAGACCUUCAACGUUUUGAGGGGCGGAGGAGAUUGGCUGGACCGCACGCUGCGGAUCCCGAGGAGGCCGCCCGGAUUGGGCCCGCCGCCAGACGAAGUGCCCCCGCCGCAAAUCAUCGGCAGACCCUCCGAAGUGGAGCCCUUGCUGGAGCGAGCCGGCCAGAGAGCCGCGGAGGUGGAGCGAGCGGCCGCUCAAGACAUCCAGCAGUUCGCCGCACAGCAGCUGGCGGAGGCGGAAGCUUCAGAAGGCUUUGCCACGGCGGCGGAGGCUGCAGCGGCAGGGGCCGAAGCGGCAACUGCGGCGGAAGCGGGUGGAGGAGCUUUGGCAUUGCUCGGCGAGGGAGCCCUCGCAGCUGCGGGGACGGUGGGCGCUGCGGCGGGAGGCUUGGCCGUUGCAGGCGCAGGCGCUGCUAUCGUGGGAACUGCUUGGGCGAUUCAGGGAGCCGCCAACAUGGCGGGCUUCAUGAUGGACAAUGCUGGAGGCGGCACGGACUCCGAUGCCUCGCGGCCCAGCAUGACGACGGAUGUGCAGACCUCGCGGCCCAGCAUGACGACGGAUGUGCAGACGCUGAAUGGGAUGCAAGAGUCGGGCGCCGUGGACCACUUCCAGGUUCAGGAGAUGCGCCGCCAGCAGCAGCGCCCGCAAGUCUUCAGGAUCGACACGUCGGAGGACCAGCCCCAGCCGCAGGCACAGCCGCAGCAACGCAUCGUGGCCCGCCCAGCGCGGCGGCCGAGGGCGCAGCCGAUGCCCUUCGGCUUGAACAACGCUCCCAUCCCGGUCUCUUCUGACAGCGACCGCUCCCGCAUCAGCCGCCAGUCCCGCUCGGACCGCGGGCCCCUCGGCACCCAGCCGUCGUUCGACCAGUUGAGAUAUUCAGUAUUUUCCUUCGAGUUUGUCGACGUUCAGUCCCACCGCGUCCAGAGUGGCAAGGAUACCGCUUACGCCAACCAGUCGGCACUGGACGCCCUGCAGGCGGAGACGGACGCCCUGCUGGCGCCGCUGGCCAGCGAGGUCUGGGUCAGCAACGAGAUCCUGGCCGCCCUGGCCGCCUACAGCACCACGGUGCAAGUCGGCACGGCGAUCUCCGAUGCCCUGGGAGCCUACAGCAGCACCGCGGAGAUGAACACGGCCAUCUCCGACGCCAUCGACGCCCUGAACGUGGGCCAGUACCAGGACGCCGCGGGGGUGCAGUUCCUGAUCGACCAGGCCCUGCUGGCCUACUGGACACAGGCCCUCUCGAGCUACGACGACUCCAGUCAAGUCGACAGCAAGAUCAUCACGGCCCUGCUGGACUUCUACACGCGAGCCGAAACGGACCAGGCCAUCGCCGACGCCGUGACCGGCGGCACGGACCUCUCGAACUACUACACCAUCUCCGAGACGCAGGGCUACGUGGCCAACGAGCUCCUCGCCUACUACCCGCGCACGGAGCUGGACUCGCAGCUCACGGCCACUUUCACGCAGUACUGGACGUCGGGGCGCACCCAGACGGAGAUCGACGACGCCAUCGCCGGCUUGCUGGACCAGACGGCGGGGGACGCCCGCUACUUCGUGCGUGCUCCCGGCGCCGAGUCGGGGCAGAUCUUCAAUCUCGUGCAGGAGCAGUUCACGCCUCGCAUCGUGCGCAAUUUGCUCCUCGAGGCGCCGCUGGUGGGCGACGCUAUCCUGGGGAACCAGUCCACCCUGCGCAUCCGGAGCGACUCCUGGUUCAAGGCGGAGGCGGACAGCCGCUUCCUGCGGACGAAUGACCUGGGCCCCCUCGAUGCCCGCUACUUAGCUACUUCGUCACCACUCCCGGAACAUCCUGUGCCAAACGCCCCUGUCCUGCCAGCCGAUCUUGGGCAACGGCAGCACACCGCCUUCGUGCAGACGCCCCUGCUGCAGAGCGCCGCGGCGGACCUGCAGAUCCGGAACGGCACCACCACCAUCCGCGCCGGAGACGGCACGCUGCUGGCCUCCUUCGCCGCCGGCAACAUCGGUCUGGAGCAAGACAUCACCGUGCGCUCGGACCGCACACUGAACGCCACCACGGCGGACGUCGCCCAGUUCUUCGUGGGCUCCACGGCGGCCACGGGGACCUUCGCGAGCAGCAGCUCCGUGACGGCCACGCUCGAGAUCGAGAGCGACCUGCGGGUCCAGGCGCCCCUGGUGCGCUGCGAUCCCGCGGCCUCGGUGCUCACCAUCCAGGGCGGCACCAACGGGGUGCUGGUGGACGACACCCUGCGGAUCAACGGGGCCCUGGCCCCCGAGGCCUCGCUGCCCUUCCUGUCCCUCUCGGGCGGCAGCAGCGGCGUGCAGGUGCUCAGCCGGGUGCUGGAGCAGAUCGCCGUGGGACCCACGGACGGCUCCGUGGGCAACGCCGCCGCGACGGGGGAGGCGGCGCUGCUGCUGGACGCCAACAACCAGGCCGGCGUGGCGGAGCUCAAGGUGCGGGCGGGCGGCAACUGCGAGCUGAACGCUCAGUUCCAGUUCAUCAGCUUCAACACGACCAACGGCCUGGCGAAUAUGGCCAUCGAGCCUAACAUCGGGGGAUCGAAUGACGGUGAGGUGAUCUUCGGCUACGGCUUCGUGAACCUAUCCGAUCGGCUGCUCAAGGAGAACGUCCGGGCCAUCCCGGAGGAGGAGCUGCAGCAGACCUUCGACGCCGUGGAGCCGCAGCUCUACGACCGCAUCGACGGCGGCAAGGAGCAGAUCGGCUUCGUGGCCCAGGACGUGCAGGCCAGCGGGAAGCUGGGGGAGAGCAUGUGCAAGACGAAGAACCUGGACGGGAGGGAGCUCAUGGCCCUCGACUACCAAAAGCUUUCCGUGGUGCUCUGGGGCGUGGUGAAGAAGCUGCAGAAGCGGGUGGAGAAGCUGGAGAAGAAGAAGGGCCGCCAGGGUGACUCGGACUGA